AUAGCCCGCCGAUCACCGUCACUCUCUAAAUUGGGCUGUUCGUUCGGUAUCAAGGGGCUCCUCUUGAUUACUCUCGCUCUCUCCUCUUUCCUCGCACCCCGUUAACAGCAUCCAUAAUGGACGCCUACCCUGCCGAGUUUAUCACCCAUGAGACGCCGCUGCUAGUGCUUUCCGGUCUAGGCGAACCUGAGAUCGAGACUCCCGAGUAUCCUCUCCUCGAGGAGGGCGGAUUCAAAACUUCUUCGCAACUACCCCCUAUUACUACCAGUGCUGGUGUACAGCUUCUCGAAUGCUUCCAGAGAUUGGAUGCUUCGUCUGGAGUAUGGGCGGGCCGUGCCGAGCGGUUAGCAAAGAGUCCGGCAUUCCGAAUACGAGCCAUUGGGAGGGUAGAGUAGUCUUCGAUGUCUCUCUUAUCGAUCGUAUGAGACCAUGCUCUAAUCAGAGUUUGCCAGAAUUACACCUUACCACCCCGUAAAGCUACCCCGCCGGCUCCUGAAGAUCUGGCAGUUGGAGUGGAUAUCCCACCAACUCGAGCGCUACACUCACCUAUCUCCCCCCUCUCCCCUGAUUCCUCCCUGUACCCUGACGGUGUUAUCUCGAAUCUAUGGCUUCGGAAGCAUCAGCUCCUUCUGCCCUCAGUAUUUGCUUGCUUUUAUGAGCUCUACACUGAGUCCAAUGACGGGAACAUACAAAACCUAAGAGACAAUGAGCUUAUCACCUCCAUCAAUGCUGCAAAGAAGCACUUCUCACCUACCACGGGGUCUACAAUCUCAGCAUCAAUAGGUAGCGACGAAAUUCGAAGCAGUGGUUAUAGAAGCAAGUUUGCUGUUGUGUUAAUGAGUGACAAAUCUGCUUUAUCAUCGCCACGAAUUGAUGAUAGGUUGAGUUACAUUAAACGAUCUACUAAUCUAACCUCCAAUGCUACGUUUUUCUUUGUUCCUGCCAAUAGUUCUGCGGUAGAGCUACAGCAGUUUGCCCUCAACUUCCUGAGCACAUUAUACCCGCUCGCUAUAGAGUACUAUCGAGACCUGUCCAAGCACUCACGGCGUAAGCGCAACAAGGGCUCUGUACCCCCACCUACGAUACCUUCCUCCAGGGCAUUAUCUCAGCAAGCAUGGAAUCUCCGCUAUGAGUUCAAAUUAGGUAUAUUCGCAGAAUUCCGGCAGGAAAUGGAUAUUGCAGCCCGGAACUAUGAGACAGCAUACGAGAAGCUACUAACAGAGGUUUUCGAAACAACAACUUCCUGGAGCGACCGAUGGACACAAGCCAGGCUUCUGGCAGAUAUCACUAUUCUAAGGCUAAUUCGCUGUCACCUCUGGGGCGAACAGUAUACGGCUGCCAAACGCCGAUGGAGCGCUCACGUGGCACACAUGACAAGUAUAUUGAACCGCAAAGGGAGGGGAACUGAAACCUAUGGGUUCGCAGCAUGGAUGAGUAGAUGGAACAAGUGUCUUGGUGAACUAAUACAAAGUGGAAGCUUUCCAGUUUUCAAUGUAUCUGUCCCAGCUUCGCCUCGGAUACCGAUGCUUGGGGUAGGCAUCGACGGCAUAGACCCUCCAGCAAUAUACGCACCACCCGAAAAGCAGAUUUCCGUCAGCGAGCGAAUAGGCCCACAAGACUUGCUGCACCACGCUGGGUUCUACUAUCUCAAGGCUGCCGAGUUUAUGUCUUUACGGGUGAGGAGAGCAAAAAGGAUAUCCGUCAGUGAUAAUGCAGAUUCAUAUGAUCUCUAUCUCUGUCCGCCGCCACAGGAAGAGAGCACUGCCGAUCACAACUCCUCCCAGUUAUCGUUGCUUUCCCUGGCAAGACGAGAGUUCGACUCCCGCCAACAGAAGCGCAUGGUAGACUCGAUCACACUUCAAAUAGCGAAGCUAAAGAUGUCCAAAGCGCCACGGAACGAAAACCUUUGGGGUGAAGCGCUGAAGGAUUUGCGUCCUGUGGCGCGAAUAUAUAGAAAAGAAGGAUGGUGGGAGGUUCUUGAAGAUGUUUUAUGGAAUAUCGUACAAUGCGGGCGUAAUGCUGGCGAAGGCGGGAGUGUUGUCAUCGCGGAGUUGGAGUUGGCGUGUAGCUCUGUCUUCAAAGAGCGAAAAGGGUGGAGAUAUGAUCUCUCUCGAUCUUUAGAAGGCGUGGAAACAGUCAAAGUCAAGCCUACCCUGGUGGUCCGUGGAGGAGACGUUGUUAGCUUCCGUAGCCCCCCUAUCCAAAUGAAGAUUCUCCAAUACAACACAAGGCUAAUUGUGCUUCCCUGUAGUUACCGCGUCAUAUUGUUUUGAAGCUCCCAAAGUCCACGCUGGAGACCCCAUCAUCUCGCAAUUAGUCAUAUCCUCAGAUGCCCAUGAUAGUGCAGCACCAAUCGUCUUCUCGGAGUUGAAAAUCUCCUAUGAAGGAAAUCUUCGAACCAUACUUCUGCGGCACACCUCAUCCUCUCCCGGGUCAGACUCGAAAAUAAAUAAAGUCAGUCUUAGAGGAAAGGUUCAGGAGCAGAUUCAUUCUCCUGACGAACCUCUUCCCUCCCCUACAUCUAUCAAAUCUUUCCUAGUCGCAAACACAGACCUCUCACUCGCACCGGGCGAAACCAAAAUCUACGAGUUCUCAUCUACCCUUCGCGAAGCUGGUGAUGCCAAGGCUAUAUGUGCAACAUUUGUAAUGUAUACAAAGGAUUUCGAAUUAGACUACAUGGUUAUGCUAGAUACGGAGUAUGAUGACGAUGAUAGAGUCGAUGCACCCUCCACACGAGGUGUUCACCAAAUACCUAGGAAAUUAGCGCACACAGCACCUGAUGGUGGUAAUGGAAUUUGGUGGGUUGGGGAGGAAGGCGGACUCCUGAAGAAGAACCCUCUCAGAGCAAAGGAGCCUGGUGCCUUGACCAUCUUGCCCAGACCACCAAAAAUUGAAGUUACGGCCAAGAGUGCGGUUGAGGGUGAGCUAUACGUUAAUGAGAUCGUCAAGAUCGAGCUGGCGGUUGAAAACGGGGAAGAAGAAGACGCUAUAGUUGAUAUAGGCCUGCGGAUCCUUGGAUGGCCCGUGGAUGACGAUCGUGAGUCACAUACAACGCAAAUAUUCCAUGCGCUUCUAACACUGAAUGAUAGUGCCGUCAGUAACCUGGAUAUCUGAUGGGGUAGAAGCGCCAGCAACAGCAUCGCUGUACCCACUAGGCAAACUUUCUCCGUCCGCACCCCCAACUAGGCGCACGAUAUGCUUCCCAUCACCAUCGAGACCUGCCGAUUGUGCGAUUGAGAUAACCGUUCACUACCAUCUGGUCUCCGAUCCAGAUACCCCUAUCCAUAAAAGCGUCAUGGCCGAAAUGCCUAUUGUCAACCCAUUCUCUACAGCCUUCGACUUCUCCCCACGUGUACAUCCAGAUCCAUGGCCAGACUACUUUUCCCUGGAAGAAGGCACUGGAUGGGAGAAUGGAAAGAGGGUCCUCGGUAUCAUCCAGCAAUGGUGUCUUACAGUUACGCUAUACACCACCGGGGGAGGCGCGGUGGUAGUUGAGAAUUGGGAGCUUCCAGUCCAUGCUGUGGAGAGUGGUGGAGAAGGUUCAGUCUGUCGAGUGAUACCAGAUGAAACCCCCAAGGAAUCAUUAUGUAUAACCUCCCCCUUUCUCUCCCUAUUCUUUCGCCCCAGAUUUUACCCCUAAUCCAGUGCUAACGCAGUCACUUCCCUCUAGUCCUCGACCAAGUGAAACCCACCUCACUCCCCUUCACCCUUGACAUCCAAAAGCGCUCCCUAGAGGACCGAUCCGCUGCCUCAAUCGACGUUACCCUAGUCCUCCACUGGCGCCGCAACUCCCUCCCCUCUGCCCCCCUAAGCACCACCACCCUCACAGUCCCCCGCCUUCCCGUCCCGCCAUCCGAGCCCCGUGUCCUCGCCGCCGUAGUCCACCCAUCCCCAACCUUAACCCAGCCACUUCCCGCAAACAUCCUCACCAUCCGCUACACCCUCGAAAACCCAACCAACUACUUCCUAACCUUCAACGUGCUGAUGGAAGCCAACGAAGCAUUCGCCUUCUCAGGUCCCAAGCAGAUCCUCGUCCAGCUUUUGCCGAGCUCCAGAGUUGAGAUUGAUUAUAGAUUCUUCGUCUUUCCGGUUCCCAGAGAGAAGGGUGUCAGGUCCGAAGGAGGGGAGGAAGGUGGCAGGUGGAUUAAUCCGGGCCUGAGGGUUGUGGACAGGUACUUUAAUAAGAUGCUCAGAGUCUCGCCUGGGAGUGAAGGGGUGGGCGUCGGGAAGGCGGGGCUGAUGGUUUGGUUUAAGGAGGUAGAGUAG